AUGGCCCUGCGGAAUCGGAGAUGUUUCGGCGGGACGGUGAAGACGCAGAUACUCGCGGAGGCGAGCAGCGCCAUCGAGCCUGCUCUGCCUCAGGCGGUUGGCUACGUUGUCGUGGUUGUAAUUGGCUUCCUCAUCGCCUUUGUCAUGGUCCUGGCAACCUACGUGCUGAAAAAGACGGCGGGUGAGGACAACCGCAAGACCGAGAUGUUCAUGACGGCAAACCGGUCGGUCAGGACUGGCCUGACCACAUCCGCUGUCGUGUCUUCUUGGCUUUGGAGCACGGCAAUGCUGGGAAGUACCUUGGUCGGCUACAACUUUGGAGUUGCCGGCCCGUUUUGGUUUGCUGCUGGCUGCUCGCCCAUGAUUGUAUUCUUUGCACUGCUGGGCAUCGCCUGCAAACUGAGGGUUCCUGAAGCUCACACACUACUCGAGAUCGUCCGUAUUCGCUAUGGGACUCUCGGCCACAUCGUCUGGAUCGUUCUCUGCCUCAUCAACAACAUUAUCGCAAUAGCAAAUAUGCUGCUGGGCGCGAGUUCUGCCAUCGCCGCAUUGACUGGAAUGCACAUCAUCGCGGCGACCUUUCUUCUCCCGGCGGGUGUCGUGCUAUACACAUUCGUGGGCGGCAUCAAGGCGACAUUCUUGACCGAUUAUUUCCACACCUUUGUCAUCACGGUCGUGAUCUGCUUCUUCACCAUCAAGACAUUCACGACGCCCGAGAUUACGUCCAUCGGUCACAUGUGGGAGCUCAUCACCACAGCCGGGGCGCAACACCCAGUUCAAGGAAACCAGGGUGGCUCAUAUCUAACCAUGACAAGCAAAGGUGCCAUCCUCUUCGGUAUCAUCCACAUCCUUGCAAAUUUCGGGCUGGUAAUCAUGGACACUGGAUUCUUCGUCAAGGCCUUCAGCGCGGCUCCGCAGGCCGUGGUUCCGGCAUACAUCACCGGCGGCAUUGCGUACUUCGCCAUCCCCUGGUGUCUGGGCACCCUGAUGAGCUUCAGUGCCUUAUCUCUCGAAGGAACGGCCAGGUUCCCUACGUUUCCGCGCCGAAUGACGAGCACCGAGGUCUCGAACGGCCUCGUCCUUCCCUACGCCGCCAUCGCCAUUGCCGGCAAGGGCGGUGCCGUGGCGGUUCUGCUCAUUGUCUUCAUGGCCGUCACCUCAACAAUAUCUGCCCAGGUGAUCUCGGUGUCCUCCAUCAUAAGCUUCGACAUCUACCGCCAAUACAUCAACAAGAACGCCACCGACGGCGACGUCAUUCGCUGGAGCCACAUCGGCGUCGUCUUCUUCGGCCUCUUCUCCGCCUGCUUCUCCACGGCCCUGCAUUACGGCAACGUCGACCUGGGCUGGACCCUCUACAUGCUCGGCGUGCUGACGUGUCCCGGCAUUUUCCCCACCGUCUUCACCAUCCUGUGGAAGAAGCAGUCCAAGACGGCUGCCAUCGUUUCUCCGCUCCUCGGCCUGGCCACCGGCAUCGCUGUCUGGCUCGGCAGCGCGCACGCCCUCACCGGCGCCAUUUCGGUGGCCUCGACGGGCGAGACCCUUCCGUGCGUGUAUGGCACCGUAGCCUCCGCCCUGAGCCCCGGGCUGUAUUCAGUAGUCAUUUCGUACGCCCGGCCCGACAAUUACGACUGGGCCGAGUUUCGAAAGGAAAAACUUGCGCUCGACAGCGACACGGAUUCUGCUCUGAGCACCACCGAUCCGGUGGUAGCGGGCACCUCCGGGUCUCUCGACGAGGAAGAGGCAGGACGGCGGGCGAGCUACGAGGCCAACAAGGCCAAGUUCAGGUACUGGGGCAAGAUCGCGGCCGCGUGGUCACUGGCUACAUUUUUCGGGCACUGGGUCCUAUGGCCUCUUCCGAUUUAUGCGUCGAAAUAUGUCUUCUCCAAGAACUUUUUCUCGGCGUGGGUUGUUGUGUCCAUCAUCUGGGUUUGGGGCACCAUGUUCGUCGUGGGCUUCUAUCCUAUUCUCGAUGGACGAAAGCAGAUCCUGCAAGUUUGGAGAGGAUUAGAUAACUUCGUACGACACAUGCUCGACAAGGAGCGCUCGAAGCACCGAUGCCCGUUAUAA